AUGCCUCCCUCCUCGGGAAUCUAUCUCACGGAAAGGAUUCCUUCGCGCCGUGGACAAGAAGACAGCAAACGACGCAGAGACCAGUCAUCUCCCAAUCGUUCCGUACCAGUCAGAAAGCGAGCAAAAAUCCAAUCAACUGUGCCUCUCAGUCGCUCCUCCACUGCCCAGCUUUACGUACGAGAUUUGGAACGAAUUCCUCCUCGCCUCGGUAACCUGUCCCGAUCGAGCUUGCCACAAAGAUUGUGCUCCGCGGCCCGGUCUCCUUCUUCCCCCUUUGGACGGGGCGCUGUCUCUCCAACAUAUGUCCUGGCAUAUACUAGGACAUAUGCCAGGUGCUUGUUCGAAAUGGGCCAUCCAGCGCCUUGGACGAAGGGCGUCCCAACUGUACGGAUCGGGCCCACUGGACGAAAAAGAUGUGCUCAGACACCGAGAGGCACGCGCCCGCAUGCCACUGCGCUUUGCUCGACAGGCGAUGCGGGAUGCCAUCUCCGCCAGCCGAUGCCCACAUCGCCCUUGCACUGUCUGUGUGAGUGA